CUCGCUCCGGAUAACAAGAUGUUCGAAGACGCCGUUCGUAGUGCCUUUUUCGGGCGUGUCUUGCUUAUAUUCUUGAAGCAGCAGUACGACAACAACCUUGUUCCGCUAAUACUUCGUUUGUUGAGGAGGAGAAGGGAGGUAGAAGGUCGAAGAAGAAAGGACCGUGCUGUGGCGAAUGGAGACCGGAGCUGCUGAAACCGUGACAGUCGAAGGUCAGAACCUGGCGACCGACAACGUGUCGGUGGUCGAGGGGGAAACAGCCACCAUCAGCUGCAGAGUGAAGAACAACGACGACUCCGUCAUCCAGCUGCUCAACCCCAACAGACAGACCAUCUACUUCAAAGAUGUUAGACCUCUGAAGGACAGCCGGUUCCAGCUGGUGAAUUUCUCUGACAACGAACUGCGGGUGUCUCUGUCCAAUGUGUCACUCUCCGAUGAGGGACGCUAUGUGUGCCAGCUCUACACAGAUCCUCCUCAGGAAGCCUACGCAGACAUCACUGUCCUGGUCCCACCAGGCAACCCAAUCAUCGAGAGCCGCGAGGAUGUGGUCAGCGAGGGGAACGAGACGGAGCUCACCUGCACAGCCAUAGGCAGCAAGCCAGCUGCCUCCAUCAGAUGGAUGAAAGGGGAGGAAGAACUGACAGGUGAGACAACAGUUGAGGAGACGUAUGACAGGAUAUUUACUGUCACCAGCCGAGUAAGAUUUUCUGUCACCAAAGAGGAUGAUGGAGUGCCAGUGGACUGCAUCAUUGACCACCCAGCUGUAAAGGACCUCCUGGCUCAAAGACACUUGGAAGUGCUAUAUAAACCAGAGGUGAAGAUCGUGGUGACAUAUCCUGAUGGUUUAACCAGAGAGGGUGACAAUCUAGAUCUGACAUGUAUCGCCGAAGGAAAACCACAUCCCCAUCAGAUCAACUGGCUGAGAGUAGAUGAGGAUGUGCCCCCUCAUGCUGUGGUCACUGGCUCUGAUCUGUACAUCGAGAACCUCAACAAGUCCUACAACGGCACCUAUCGCUGCGUGGCGUCUAAUGCUGUGGGAGAGGCCUACGACGACUACAUCCUCUAUGUAUAUGAUGCUCCCACUACUAUCCCCACACCCACCACCAAUCCAGUCAACACGCAAGACUCCAGAGCCGGCGAGGGGGCACCGCAGAAAAUUGACCAUGCUGUCAUUGGAGGAGUGGUUGCCGUGGUGAUGUUUGCCAUCCUCUGUGCACUCAUUGUUCUUGGUCGAUACUUUGCCAGACACAAAGGAACUUACUUCACACACGAAGCCAAAGGGGCGGACGACGCAGCCGAUGCAGACACGGCCAUCAUCAAUGCGGAGGGUGGACACAACAACACAGACGAGAAGAAGGAGUACUAUAUCUAAACUGGACAGGCCAGGAGAGACGGGUGGGGAUGCUGCUGGUGGUGGUGGUGCUGUAGGAGCAUUAUGUCUAACUCUGAUUGGUUGUGAGAAGGCGUGGGGGUGGGGAGGGCGAGAUUUAAAGAGGAAGAGAAGAAAGUGAAAAGUAGGACUGGCAUGGCCAAGUGGUAAGAAGAGGCGUUUGCUGAGUCUCCUAUCCGACCCUUCCUGGACUGCUGGGGCCUAUUCUGUACAGUUCAAUUAUUUUACAGACAAUUUUGUGCCUUGUUCUAUUUCUUUUCUUUAUUUUGUUGUUUCCCCCCCUUCACAUGCUUGUUGGAUUGGAUUUUUUUUUCUUCCAAUGUACUCCACCUGAUGCUUUGUUACAUUUGGCUUUCGGAGAUUAAAUGGGCCUGGUGUUUGUCUAUGUGUGCUGCAGCUAGCUAUUAGCUCAUGUACCCAGAUCCGAGGAGCCAGCUUUUACCACACUUCUUCUUUUUUUUUUUUUUUUUUGAGUAAUCUCCAGAGUUCAGUAACUGGAACACAGUGUCAACACAUUUCUCCCUGCUGGGUCGAAGUCCAGCGGUCCCUGCAAAUUCAUCACAGAUUGGUUUCGACAUACUGCAGCGCAAAUUUCACUCACCUUCCCCUCUACCCCACCCGCACCCCUCUGAGGUCAGGUUCACUGUGUUGAUUACUAAUGUUAACAGUUGUGAGUAAUCAUGCUCAUCAUAGAAUGUAUUUGUUCCUGAAAGUGAAGUAGGAGUGCCGUAAAGUAUCAUUUCACACCAAGCCGCAAAGUACAACUGGUCCCUCGCUGGUUUCAAGAGAACAUCCGAUGGUUAGUAGAUGUGAGGUCAGUUUAGUAUUUGUUUAGGGUAUUGUGGAGUUCAGUCUUUGACAUCCUGACAGCUGUAAUGUACCAUGAUAUAGAGUUAAAGUUUCCAUAGAGAAUCACUUAUCCUUUUUUAAAACUCUGUAUCGGGGUUUUUUCUGCUGGUUGAGAGGACAGCAGUGAGUCAACAAUAGCAGGUAACGUUUACUGUCCUCUGCUUUCUUUUGUUUUUUUGCUUUUAUUUUCAUUAGCUAAACUGGUUCUGGAAAAAAAAAAAAAUCUUAAAGGAACAGUUCGACAUUUUAGGAAAUACACUUAUUUGCUUUAAUGGCCAGAUUAAGGAGAAGAUCAUCAUCAUAAGUGUAUUUCUGAAAAUGGGCAAACUACUCCUUAAAAAACAUCUCCUGUAUGUAGAAUGUUUUUUAGGGCUGGGUAUCGUUUAAAAAUAACGAUAUCAGUACCAAUACCAGUACCCUGAAAGUGAUGCCAAUACCAGUAGUGUACUUCAUUCGACAUCCAUAAUGUGAAUGGAGUAGUGUGUAGUAUAGCCAUACUUUCGAACGCUGAACUGCCAACUCCAUGAAAUACACCACACCACAGACUGUAUGGGUUGGACCUGUUGUUGCGGGAGUGUUAGCUUUGUGCUGGGGGACAGUUGUAAGAGUCCGCCAGGCCGCAUACACACAGUGACAAGGCUAACUGUUAGCAUCACACAGCAAAUGCUACUUAACGGUAAUUAACGGGUUUAACGACCAAGUUGAGCCAUUCGGUGUCAGUUUCUGGUGCUGGAUUUUAGCCAGUGCUGCUGUGUUAGCUCGUGCUAAUCGGGCAGAUGUUGAACCGAGGAGAACAGCUGCGGAAAUGGCCGCCUGUUCAAUGGCUUAGUGUUGGAUGUUAGCCACUGCUGACGUGUUAGCUCGUGCUAACAAGGCAGAUGUUUAACUGUUCGCCAAGAAGAAAGGCUCCUUCAGCAACAGCAAGUUUGCUCAUCUGGCGGAGAGCCGGGAUGGUCUAGGAUAAGACCCAAGGUGCAAAAAAGAGUCAAAUGCAGGUAUCACUUAACUGGAGGCAUUUCAGUACUACUUGGUACUGGGUUAUUUUGGUUGAUAUCUUUCAGGUAUACCCAGCCCUAAUGAUUUUAGUAGUUAUUUUUGUCAGAUUUAUUUUUUUUUUGUCAUCCUUUUGAUGGAUGGACCAAAAACAUGGCAGAACACGUUGCUCUAUGAGUACAGAGCCGAAAGAGUUGGCAGAUAUUAUGUGGGGUUUGAGUCAGAGUUUAAGUAUAUGUUGUACCUAAAAGAGUAACUAUUCCUGCUGCAUUGAUCAUGAAAUAUAAUUAAACUGUAUUAAUUGUUUGAUAUUGGUACAGCUUACUGUGUGUGCUUUUGGUUUAAACAUUUUCAUACCACCCACACGGUCGACCCUGGACCAAAUAUAAUAAUCACAUGAGUGUGCGUAUACAGUGAAUAUCACUUGUAUACAGCAAAAGCUGAAAAUCCACUGUGCAGAGUGCUCCUCUCUCAACGAUUGAUUUUUUUUUUUUUAAACUGAUAAUACGGUGCAUUGACCAUCUAACUAGAAAUGCUUCCAGGACAUUUUUUCAUUUCUCAAGGUUUUAGAGUUUUAUUUGAUUGUACUGUGUUAAAGGGGAGAAAGAUUGUUACGCUUUCAAUGGAAAAGUUUCCUUUGCCAUUGAAAGGUAUGUCCGUGUGAAUACCCGUUGCAAGUAGGGAAAAAAAUCACUGCUUAUUUCCUGGCUUAGAAAUCCUUGCUACACAUAUUUUUUUGCCCUUGCCCAUACUCAAGUAUAAAGACAUUCAAUCACUGCAAACAUGAAUCAGUUAUAUUUCCUUGCUGUCUGUAAAGACAUUUUACCUUUGGGCUGUCUUUGAUAACUUGUAAGGGCUCUCGGCCUUACAAGUUAUCAAAGAUUUGCGUCGAGCUUUAGACUUGGUUUGGGGAAAGAUCAUUUUCUCACUGUCAUCCUGCAGCCUCAAACCUUCACACAGGAGCCGUCUACUGUUACAAAUUUAUUUAUUUUUUCCCCCCACCAACACAAAAUCAGAAGAUCCUACGCUCGCAGACGGAGACACAGUGUGCACACCGUGCAUGCUCCAUGCCUCUGAGUCUGCCACAGCCAGGAGAGUAAAAACCUGUUUGGUAAUUAGUGAGAGAUUUCAUUGUAUUGCCUGAAUAAGAUAAAAAUAUCUGUAAAUGUAUUAUGAAAAAGGAUAACCACUGCCUUAAACCCACCUCUUGAUACUUAUCAUUAUAUAGGAAAAGACUGAAGGACUUAUUUUAGUGCCUUCUUUGAUUCUGAGGCAUAUGGUUAGUAUCUUAUAGUAUCCUCAUGUACACUCUUACAGUAUAUCUUGUAUAUUUCUGUCCUUUCUAACUCACAGGGCCGAUACUCAUCAUGGUCGUCUGUAUUCACGCACCAUAGACUUGCAUCACGAUUAUGACCUGGAGCAUAAAAAAGCUGGAAUGCAUGUUUUUUUUCUUUCUUUAGUAUUUCUUUGUUUAUCAGUGUGGUGUGGCAGCUUCCACUGACUAGAAUGUCGUAUGCCAGGAUGUAGUAUUUAUUGUCUUAAUUAGUGAUCGCAAAACAAUUUCAAUUUGGUCAUAAUUAUUUUCUCUGCUUCACUACAUUUCUUAUUUAUUUGGAUAUCUUCAAGGACAAGGCUUGCUGGUAACAUCAGAGAGGAAUACAGUGCUGUAAUAAGCUACAAUAAAAAGUACAUUCUUUUUCUGGAUUUUAGAGUUUUGUUGUCAUGGAAACAGUUAUGUGCAUGACGUAUUAUUUCGAGGUUUGAUAUUUAUCAUACAUGGUUUUUAAGUGACUGCUGCUUUUAACCGGGGAACAUAAAAAAAAAAGAUUGUCGGACGCAUCAUUCUAAUCCAGUUUUUUUUAUUUGUUUGAAAUACUUGAUAUUUAGUAUGUUUGUUUUCACUCUCUCAGGUUCAUGAGUGUUAAUAGUGUUUUUUGCAUCUCAGGUAGAAUGCAAAUUAAAAGGCCCCAAGUAUAUACUGUAGUACCACAGCUAUUCAAACAGUGAAAGAAAAACCACAAGAUGUACAUGUUUUUUCUCAUUUGUACAUGUUUAUGUGUUCUUAAUAUGGUGCACUGUUACAGUAAACGUUAAAUAUUAUUUUGCAUAGACCUAGUUCACAAAGAAAGAAAACUAGAUUUGUUAAGCAGACGAAAAUUAUGUACAGUCAGUGUCAACAAAGUCACAAUGAUGUUCAUGAAACUUCUUCUUCUUCUUCUUCUUCUUCUUCUUCUUCCACCACCGUAACACUUUGCUCAUACAGUAUCGGUUAUUUAGUAAUUCUAGGAUGUGACCACAGACAGUCAAUCAAGCAUCUGUUUGCAUUCAGUCCAAUUUUCAUAGAUGACAAGAUGGUGUAUUUACUGUGACAUGAAGUUUUAUGAAUGAUCUGUAACAUGUCUUGGAUAUUUGGAUGAAGCUCAUGUUUAAAGCCUGGGGAGGGAGGGGGGAGGGCGGGGAUUGGUUGUUUUAAUAUCCCCAAAAAUGGUUGUUUUUGUUGUUGAAUCUAACUUUCUCUCUGUACCCAGGUGACAUUUUUUUCGUUUGUGUAGUAAAGAGGAUGUUUCUCAUAUGACCAUGCAUAUUUUGUAUUGGUUCACACCGACAUUUUUACAAAAGAAAAAAAAAAUCAGAAGAGUACUUGUCUUAAUAAAAAGAUAUCAAUGUUUAAA